UACUAUUGGAAAGAUGGAGUUUGAGGAAGAACCCUGUGGAACGAGAGAUGAAGAUACAGAGGAACAAACAGACUCAGUGGACGUGAAUAAAGACAAACAACAUCAGUUUCAAAAACCUCAUAAUUGCAUAAGCGAAGAUGAAAACCACCAUUUUACAGACUGAAAAGAAUUUCAGACAAAAACAAACUCGAAUACCUGGAGUCAAAGGAUCUUUCACCUGCUCUGAGUGUGGAAAGAGUUUCAUGCACAAACGCUAUUGGGCUAUGCACUUGAAAAAUCACACUGAAGAAAUACCGUUCACAUGUGCUCAGUGUGGAAAGAGUUACAUACAUAAAUCAAAACUCAAAAGACACAUGAGUUCACACUGGAGAGAGGCCUUAUACAUGCACUCAGUGCGGAAAGAGUUUCGAUUAUAAAGGAUACCUAAAUGUGCACAUGAGAGUUCACACUGGAGAAAAACUGUUCCCAUGCACUCAGUGCGGAAAGAGUUUCAUAUCCAAAAAGUUUCUGACCAAACAUCAGCUCUCUCACACUGGAGUGAAAUCAUUCAGCUGUGAUCAGUGUGAUAAAACAUUUGCUUCUGCAUGGAGCUUAAAGGAACAUCUUAACAGUCACGCUGGUGUCAAGCCUCACGUUUGCUCUUUUUGUGGAAAGAGUUUUACACUACUAACAACUUUACAAGGGCACCGGAGUAUUCAUACUGGAGUGAGACCUCAUAUGUGUUUUGAGUGUGGAAAGACCUUUCUUACAUCUAGCAGUUUAAAAAAACACCAGAGGAUUCACACUGGAGAGAAACCUUACAAGUGCUCACACUGUGACAAGAGUUUCUCUCGCUCAGAAGGCUUGAAAAUUCACGAGAGAGUUCAUACUGGAGAGAAACCGUUCACAUGUGAUCAAUGUGGAAAGAGUUUCUCAGUAAAAAACAAUCUUGUUGUUCACAUGAGUAUCCACACUGGAGAGAGGCCGUAUGCGUGUGAUCACUGUGGCAAAACAUUUCGUGUGUCAUCAUCCCUGAAGACACACCUGACAAGGAUCCACACUGGAGAGAAACCUUACAAGUGUUCACACUGUGACAAGAGAUUCAGUCGUUUAUCAGGUCUGAAAUCACAUGAGAGGAUCCACACUGGAGAGAAACCUUACAAGUGUUCACACUGUGACAAGAGAUUCAGUCAGUCAUCAAAUCUGAAAACACAUGAGAGGAUCCACACUGGAGAGAAACCACACACGUGUGAUCAGUGCGGGAAGAGCUUUACAUACAAACAUCAUCUUGGAGUCCACAUGAGGGUCCACACGGGAGAAAAGCCACACGCAUGUGAUCAAUGUGGAAAGAGUUUCUCUUUGGCGGGCCAUUUAAAACAGCACCAGAUGAUUCACACUGGAGAAAAACCAUACAUGUGUUUACACUGUGAUGAGAGAUUCAGUCAGUCAUCAAAUCUGAAAAGACAUGAGCAGAUCCACACUGGAGAGAAACCUUACAAGUGUUCACACUGUGACAAGAGAUUCAGUAAUUCAGCAAAUCUGAUAUCACAUGAGCGGAUCCACACUGGAGAGAAACCUUACGAGUGUUCACACUGCAACAAGAGAUUCAAUCGGUCAUCAAGUCUGAAAUCACAUGAGCGGAUCCACACUGGAAAGAAACCUUACAAGUGUUCACACUGCAACAAGAGAUUCAGGCUGUCAUUCAGUUUGAAAUUACAUGAGCGGAUCCACACUGGAGAGAAACCUUGCAAGUGUUCACACUGCGGCAAGAGAUUCAGUCUGUCAUCAAAUCUGAAAAGACAUGAGCAGAUCCACACUGGACAGAAACCCAAUUCUUUCACCUGCCCUCAGUGUGGAAAGUGUUUCCCAUACAAACAAAUUCUUGAGAUUCACAUGAGGAUCCACACUGGAGAAAAACCAUGCAAGUGUUCACACUGUGACAAGAGAUUCAGUCAUUUAUCAGGUCUGAAAACACAUGAGAGAAUUCACACUGGAGAGAAACCUUACAAGUGUUCACACUGUGACAAGAGAUUCAGUCAGUCAUCAAAUCUGAAAACACAUGAGACGAUCCACACUGGAGAGAAACCACACACGUGUGAUCAGUGCGGAAAGAGCUUCACAUACAAACAUCAUCUUAGAGUCCACAUGAGGGUCCACACGGGAGAAAAGCCACACGCAUGUGAUCAAUGUGGAAAGAGUUUCUCAUUAAAAAACAAUCUUGAUGUUCACAUGAGAAUCCACACCGGAGAAAAGCAGUACAAACCUUACAAAUGUUCACACUGCAACAAGAGAUUCAAUCAGUCAUCAAGUCUGAAAUCACAUGAGCGGAUCCACACUGGAGAGAAACCUUACAAGUGUUCACAAUGCGACGAGAGAUUCAGUACGUCAUCAGGUCUGAAAUCACAUGAGCAGAUCCACACUGGAAAGAAACCUUACAAGUGUUUACACUGCGGCAAGAGAUUCAGUUUGUCACCAAAUCUGAAGAGACAUGAGCAGAUCCACAGUAGAGAGAAGCCACACACGUGUGAUCAGUGCUCAAGGAGUUUCACUUCUAAAAGUCGCCUGAAGCUACACAUGAAGAUCCAUGCAGUAAAGAAACCAGACCACCGUGUUUCGCUCUGUUACCUGCUUUAUUCACUCACAAUAAUCAUGAACUGCCACGAGUGGCGAGAACAGGAGUGAUCCAGAAUAAAACAUCAUGAUGCUGAAGAACAUGCUGAAGC